AUGGCCGCCAUGCGUAUGUUGCUCCUUGCAGCAGCUCUCCUGGCCUUGGCAUGCUCUCAUGGCGCCACCGCCUCUGAUCCGAGUCUUCUCCAAGACUUCUGUGUUGCAGACAAGAUGUCUCAAGUUCGCGUCAAUGGCUUGGCCUGCAAAGAUGCAAAGGAAGUUGUCGCCGAGGACUUCUACUUUUCUGGCCUUCAUGUUGCCGGCAACACGGCCAACAAGCAAGGCGCUAUGGUCACCCCGGUCAACGUCGCGCAGAUUGGUGGGCUAAAUACCCUGGGCAUCUCCCUCGUUCGUAUCGACUAUGCACCUAGUGGCCUCAACCCUCCUCACACUCAUCCGCGCUCCACCGAGAUCUUGACUGUGAUAGAGGGUUGUCUAGAGGUGGGCUUCGUGACCUCGAACCCCGAGAACAAGCUCUUCACUAAAGUUCUCAACAAGGGAGAUGUGUUUGUAUUCCCUAAGGGCCUUGUUCAUUACCAAUUCAACAAAGGCGCAGCCAACGCGGUAGCUAUUGCAGCCUUGAGCAGCCAGAACCCUGGAGUGAUCACGGUAGCCAAUGCAGUGUUUGGAGCAGAGCCUUCCAUCUCGGGUGAUAUUAUCGCCAAGGCCUUUCAGGUGGAGAAGAAUACGGUAGAAUGGAUCCAGGCUCAGCUCUAA